UUUCUCUCUCUUUCUCUUCUUAACAUUUGUUUCCAUAGACAAAUGCAUCCUCAAAGUUUCCGAAGAAAGGAAUUGCUUCUUAUCGAGGCCAUCCAAAAUGAAAGAAAUGCUAAACCCUAAAGAGUGAUCUUGCGGCUGAUAAAUUUUGCAAAGCAACUUCAGACUUUGGAUUUUGCAUCCAAUAUGUUCAAAUUCCUUUUGCCUUGAAUCCUUCGAGUUACAAAUAUGGUACAAUGAUUCAUUUUCCUAUACUGGACCCUCCUCCUGCCCCUAUUCUAUUCCCCACAAGGACAGAACAUAUAUAGCAAAACACUAAAAAAGGCCAUAAUAAUAUGCUCGCGAGCAAAGCUCCCUGGAAAGAGCUCUCAAUUUCAUUGCUUUUGUGCACCUUCUUUUCCUACACUUUUGCUUACACUUUCACCAUUUCUAACAACUGCCCUUUUACAAUAUGGCCUGGUACACUGUCUGGCGCGGGAACUCCUCCACUUCCCGCGACUGGCUUUCGAUUAGAUGCUGGCCAAAACAUCACAAUUCCAAGUGUACCAGGUUGGUCAGGUCGAAUUUGGGCAAGAACUGGCUGCACUUUUGAUGCAUCAGGAAUUGGUUCAUGUCAAACAGGUGAUUGUGGUGGAAAGCUCGAGUGUAGCGGUCUUGGCGCCACGCCACCUGCCUCCCUCUUUGAGAUAACUCUGGGCGUUGGAGACAACAAAGACUUCUAUGAUGUGAGCAUCGUGGACGGAUACAAUCUGCCAAUGGUUGCACUGCCCGAAGGAAUCAAUGGAGGAUGCAAUGCCACUGGUUGUCUGUCAAAUCUUAACAUGGGUUGUCCAAAAGAACUUCAGGUGGUGGGUGGCGAUGGAGAAGGGAAUGUGAUCGGUUGCAAGAGUGCAUGUGAGGCGUUUGGUUUAGACCAGUAUUGCUGUGCAGGACAGUUUGCAAAUCCAACAACUUGCCGGCCAUCUUUCUAUUCGAGCAUCUUUAAGAAUGCUUGUCCCAGGGCUUAUAGCUACGCAUUUGAUGAUGGCACUAGCACUUUCACCUGCAAGGCUUAUGACUAUGCAAUCAUCUUUUGUCCCAUGAAUGGGGUAAAGAGACCAAAUGAAGCAUCAACAGUUCCGGCUAUUGAAGUGAGUAGAAGGGGAAAGUUUGCAGGGGUGGCUUCAUCUUCCUACAUUCUCCUUCCUUUUCCAAUGCUGAUUCUCCUGCUAAUUUCCAGCUCAUAUCUCUAAGCAUCAAUCAGAAUUGCGCAACUGUUCAGCAGAAUUGGAUGCAUGAUAUAGAGCAGAGGAAUGGUACCUCAAGGAAAAGCUGGGCAUCCGUUAGAAAAUUUAGAGCCAAACAAUACUAGGUUCUGAAAAAUAUAACUAGUUUCUUGCUUGGACAAGUUAGCAUUAUUUUAGUAAGAAGUUUUACAUUGAACAUUAAAAAUAAAGAGAGGUUGAUCAAGUGUGGUACUUGGUUAAACUCAACCAAGAAGCAUUUAAAUUCAGCAGUAAUUCUCACAAGUGAAAAGAAAAAGCAAAUAAUAUCCAUCACAAGUGUACAUUUGCUCUCACAAGCAAAUAAGAUUGUCUAUGUCAAUCUUCCAGCCCGAUCUUUUUUGGUUUUUUUUCUUUGAACACUUGAGUUUCCUGUUUUACCUUUAAUUUCCUGCCUGUUCUGCCUUCUUUUGUUACACCACCUGCAUAACAAGCUUGAAUCUUCAACAAGUGAUGUUAUUAAACUAUUAUUCAUUUGCUCUCAGAAGAAUCUCCAACUAUCUUCGAGAAACGCACCUCUAAACCUAGCAAGUUUAAUGGUAGUUUACAAACAAUAUAAUUUAUCAGUAUACUAAGCAUUCACCAGAAAAUUGAAGUAAUUAACUGCUGGUGAUAAACAAAAGGAACAGAAUAUAUUACUGAUG